AUGACUAAUGGACAACCAAACCAUCGUAAUCAUGCUUCUAGCUCGAGCGGAUCUACUAAAGCUGAAAAACGAAAAGAGUAUCACAAAAGAUACUAUGCUGCACGCAAAGAAAAUAACAAAGUAUCUAAAUUUGGGAGUGGUGAUGCCUCCCAAAGUGCUUCAUCAAUAUCUUUAAUGAGUAAUAGGUCAACAGAAAGGACGCCGUUAAGAAGUUUACAAACUAAUAUUACUCAAUUUACACAAACAACAAAUGAGAACGCCUCAAGUGUUUCUACUAUAAAACGCAAGGAGUACAAUAAAGGAUGUUCUAAUACACGAAACGAUAAUGGAAUGCGUAUUUCAAAUGGCAGUCAAGUCAACCAAACCCCAAUAGAUGAUGUUACGCCGACAACCACAUUCCCAUCUGUAAUUGACGUAGUCAGGCAUAGAACAUCACGAGGUAUUCGAAUUCAUCCGCGUACUUUAUUACCCCAAUUUGCUGAAGUAAUUGAUCAACCUUCCUUCCAAGAUGGGAGCGUGCAAGAUGAUCCUUAUAAUUUUGUUUACAAUGGUGUACCUGGAGAGCAUCGUGUUUUAAAGGAACGAGGUGCAUGUCCUAAUUGUGGAGCAAAACGAUUUCAGUAUGAAUUUGAUACCUUUUGUUGUAUGAGUGGGAAAACUGUGUUAGCAAACUUAGAAAUUCCAGAGGAAUUGUACCGACUUUUCACGUCUCAAGAUGAAAUUGGAGAUAUGUUUAGGCAAAACAUCCAUGCUUAUAACACCAAUUUUUCUUUUGCCUCAAUGGGUGUGACAUUGGAUGAUACAUUGAACAAUAUGAGAGACGGCGUAUAUACUUUUCGUGCACAUAAAGGAAUAUAUCACAGAAUCGACCAAUUAGUUCCGAGGGAUGGGACCCCUAGGUACUUGCAAUUGUAUUUUUACGAUCCUGAUACCGAGUUAGAUCACAGACUCCGAUGGCCAAAUCUUGAUCGGCGUAUUACUCAGAUUUUAACACGUGUUCUUUCUACAAACCCAUAUGUCGAUACAUUUAGAAGACUUGCGGAACUAGGACCUCUGGACAACUAUAGAGUCACUUUGAAUACUUCGGUUGAACUUGACCAAAGGGUGUACAACCGACCAACGACAUCGGAGGUUGCUGGUAUUUGGGUUGAAGGUAAUGACAAUAUCACUUCGUAUAAACGAAGUAUUGUUGUGUACGGUAGGUCUGAAUAUAGUCAAACUAUUCAGCCGUACUUCAGCUGUUACGAUCCAUUGUUGUAUCCUCUAUUUUUUCCUAAUGGUGAGUCGGGUUGGCAUGGUAACAUACCACGUCACGGAGUAUCAAUCAAUGAGGUUCGCAACAAUGAUAACAUCGAAGGAGAAAUGGAAGAGGCAAACACACGAAGUGGUAGAACAACCGUGGCUAUGCGAGAGUACUACUGUUACAAGUUCCAGAUUCGAUCUACCGAUAAUUUGCUUUUGUUCGGUGGUAGGCUGCUACAGCAGUUUGUGGUUGAUGUUUACAUCAAAAUUGAGACGUCACGCUUAGAAUUUUGUGAGAGAAACCAGGCUAAGAUUCGGGCCGAAUUGUACCAAGGUAUUGUGGAUUGCGUCAAUACUGGUGAGGUUCAUGCAAACAGAGUCGGGAAAAGAAUUGUGUUGCCUGCAUCUUUCAUCGGGGGGCCUCGCGACAUGCGACGUCGGUUUCUAGACGCGAUGACGUUAGUUCAAGAUGACGAUCGUCCAGACCUUGUUUCAAGAGUGUUCCGGGCUAAAUUAGAAGAUCUUAAGGAUCAACUCUUCAAGAAACAUGUCCUCGGGGAAGUUAAGGCAUACGUCUAUGUCAUUGAAUUUCAAAAGCGGGGUUUGCCGCAUGCAUAUUUUCUCCUAAUCAUGUACCCGCAACACAAGAUCAAUAACGCGGACCAUUAUGAUAAGGUUAUGUGUGCUGAAAUUCCUAACAAACUAACACAUCCCAGAUUGCAUGAGAUGGUUGUCAAGCACAUGAUUCACGGUCCUUGCGGCAAUUUACGAUCAAGCAGUCCUUGUAUGCAGGGUGAUCCUAAAAUUUGUCGUUUUCACUAUCCUAGACAAUUUAACGAACAGACGACACAAGGAGAAGAUUCGUAUCCGUUGUAUCGAAGGAGAGACACCGGGAUAGAAGUGGAUCUACGAGGACAAACACUUGAUAAUAGAUGGGUGGUCCCAUAUAACCCAAGGCUUUUGAUGAUGUUUAACUGCCACAUGAAUGUUGAAGUUAUUCAAGUCGAUCAAAGUGAGCCAGGGGUUGUUAUUAAUGAGAUAAAAAGAUUUCAAGAUGCACGCUACAUAUCGCCCCCAGAAGCUAUGUGGCGCAUUUUUUCCUUCUCUCUUUCUCAAAUCUUUCCUGUUGUUCUAGCCUUACAACUUCAUCUCCCAAAUAAUCAGAUGGUUAGAUUUAGAGAUGAUGACUUGAUGCCUAAUAUUGUUGAUAGGGAAAGGGAUAAGAGAACCAUGCUAACAGCAUUUUUUGAGAUAAACAGAAACGAUGAAACAGCAAGGGUACAUUUGUAUAAAGAUUUUCCAAAACACUUUACGUGGAAUGGAAGCACACGCCGUUGGAGUCAUCGUUUCGGUAAAAAACAAAGAGGUCGUAUCGUUUCCGCUAAUCCAGCCGAAGGAGAAAGGUACUACUUACGCCUACUUUUGUCAAAUGUCAGAGGGCCUACUUCUUUUGAACAUCUUUGCACAGUUAAUGGUCAACAGUGUGCGACAUUUCGGAAAGCAGCUCUUGAGUUAGGCUUAAUAGAAGACGAUGAAUAUCUAUCACAAUGUCUCGAAGAAGCCUCUACGUUUCAGUUUCCCAAUGCUCUUAGAAGGUUAUUUGCGACCAUAAUGAUUUUUUGCCAACCUGGAGAUAUUCGAAAGUUAUGGAAUGACCACUUUGAUUCACUGUCUGGAGAUCAUCGGUUACACUGUCAAAGUAUAGAACGAGUUCAAAAUAUGGUUCUUACCGAAAUUAGUGUCUUGGUACAAUCCAUGGGUAAAAAUUUCAAUGAGUUCGACCUUCCUAAGAUAACAGACGAUGUUAACUUACAAGAUGCAGGUUAUCGUGAGUUACAAGAAGAGUAUGGGAUUGUUUUGGAACCUGAACACUUGAGUGCCAAAGAUUCACUUAAUCCGGACCAAAAAAACGUGUUUGAUGAGAUCAUGAUGCAUGUUGAUAAUGAUCUUCCAGGCGUGUUCUUUAUUGAUGGUCCAGGUGGAACUGGAAAAACAUUUUUGUACAUUGCCUUGCUUACUGAAAUUCGGUCACGUGGUCUUAUUGCUCUCGCAACAGCUUCAUCAGGUGCAGCGGCUAAUAAUAUGCCAGGAGGUAGAACGGCUCACUCGAGAUUCAAGAUUCCUCUUAAUCUUGAAAAUAAUUCAAUGUGCAAUAUCAAAAAACAGAGUGGGGCCGCUAAACUGAUUCGGUCUGCCAAAAUAAUCAUAUGGGAUGAAGCGUCGAUGGCUAAACGACAGGCGAUAGAGGCAGUCGAUCGUACAUUCCAAGACAUUAUAGGUGUUAGUCUCCCAUUUGGUGGAAAGAUAAUGGUUAUGGGAGGUGACUUCAGACAAGUGUUGCCGGUUAUUAAACAUGGCACUCGAGCACAGAUUGUAGACUCCAGCGUACGAAUGUCACCUCUUUGGUCUUUGACUAAGAAGAUGCGGUUGACCAUAAAUAUGAGAGCGCUAAAAGAUCCAUGGUUUUCUAAAUUUCUUUUAAGAGUCGGCGAUGGAACUGAAGAACCAAUCGAAGGAAACUAUAUCCGCAUACCCGAUGACAUGACAAUUCAGUGCAACAACAGAGAAAACGCUAUAAAAGAAUUGAUCCAUGCCAUCUUUCCAUCAAUUGAAGAUAAUGUAUAUUCUUCAGAUUAUAUAAUCUCUAGAGCAAUAUUGUCCACUAAAAAUGACAGUGUUGACGAGAUUAAUAAUCAAAUGAUUGAAAUUUUUCAAGGGGAGGAAAAAGUUUAUUACAAUUUUGAUGAAGCUGAAGACGAUCAGCGCAACUUCUAUCCGGUCGAGUUCUUAAACUCGCUAAAUGUUAGUGGUUUGCCGCCUCAUAAGCUUCGUUUAAAAAUUGGAUGCCCAAUAAUAUUGUUACGUAAUAUCGAUCCAUCACAUAGCCUGUGUAAUGGCACGCGAUUGAUAUGUAAGGGUUUCAUGCGAAAUGUUAUUGAUGCGGAAAUUGCAGUCGGUCAACAUGCCGGCAAAAGAGUUUUUUUGCCAAGAAUCCCUCUAACCCUUUCUGAAGAUGACAUGUUGGGGUUGGGCGGUGGUGGAGGUUUGUGCAGCGGUGGUGAUGAUGGAGCUAUGGCGGUUGACGGUGGUGAUGGUGUUGGUGAUAGUGGUGGGCGUGUGUGA